AUGCUGUCCAGAACAUUCCUGAGAACUUCGGCACGAGCUCUGCGCUCAGCAGCUCCCCGAGCGGCCGUUCCUGCUUCAUACCUGCACACUUCGCGGAACCCACAACAAGACAAGAAGGCAAACCCUGGAUCUUACGCACGAACCGAUGAUUCUAUCACUGUCGAAUACCCCGAGGACCAUGAGCUGCCGUCUAGUACACCAGUCACUGGUCGUGGCGGUCAGCACAUGAAGCGGACACUGGCCUCGUUCUCGCUUGAGGGCAAGGUCGGUGUUGUCACUGGAGGUGCAAGAGGCCUCGGCCUGGUCAUGGGCCAGGGCAUGGUCAUUUCGGGCGCCAACUUGGCCAUCGUGGAUAUGAACAAAGAAGAGGCCGAGAAGCAGGCUGCCGAGCUGGUCGAGGUUUUCCGCAGGGAGAACCCGGGCUCGGCGCGUGUGCCCAAGGUCACGGCUCACUACGCCGAUGUCUCCGAUGCGGAUAGUGUCCAGUCCUGCAUCGAGGAUGUCAUCCGGGAGCAUGGAAAGAUCGACAACCUGGUGACCAGCGCCGGCUUCACCGAGAACUACAAGGCCAUCGACUACCCGAUCGACCGUAUGCGUAAGCUGUGGGCUGUCAACGUUGACGGCACCUACCUGUUCGCUACUACCGUUGCAAAGCACCUGAUGGCGCGCAAGGCUCCUGGCAGCAUGGUCUUCAUUGGAAGCAUGAGUGGUGCCAUUGUCAAUGUGCCCCAGCCUCAAGCACCAUACAACGGCGCCAAGGCUGCCGUCCGUCACCUGGCUUCGUCACUGGCUGUUGAAUGGGCACAAGCAGGCAUCAGAGUCAACUGCAUAUCUCCCGGUUACAUGUUGACCGCUCUAACCGAGAAGAUCCUGGACGACAACCCGGACCUAAAGAGACAGUGGACCUCGCUUAUUCCUCAAGGAAAGAUGGGCCAGCCGGUCGACUUGAUGGGCCCCGUGACCUUCCUCCUCUCAGACGCCUCGCAGUACGUGACUGGCGCUGACUUGCGCGUCGAUGGUGGAUACACUGUUACGUAA